AUGUCCUUGGAAGUAUAUGGAGUUAAAGGUAACACAUUAUUAGCAUUGGCUAAUAACUUAAAGUUAUCUAUUGCAUUAGCAGCUUUUCAACCUAAAGUGGAAUUAGCUUUGAAUGAAGUUGAAUCAAAUUUGUCUUUAAAAGAUAAGAAAUCCGGUUUUGAAUUGGUUGAGCCAAAUGCAAUCGUUAAAUACUUAGCCAACGACUUCAACACCACUGAAGCUAUUCAAUUUGAGGAAGAAGUGUUGUAUGCAGCAAUUAAAUCAAACAAGAAAGAUGAAAUCGCCAAAAUCACCGGUUUACCAAAGUUUGCUAAGGAAGAACUAACACCUUCUCAGAUUAUUGUAUUUGCAAGUUUAUAUCCUGCUUUCAAAGACAAUAAAGAAAAUGAAUGGUUUAUCAAGUUUUCACAAUUACCAGAAGUUGCAACAGGUAUCAAAAACGCUUUAGAAAUUACCCCAGUGGAAAGAGAAAAGGAAACCAACACCGGGAAGCAAAAUGUCGAAACUGGUCAUUUAGUGAAAAAACAAGCAAACAAAAUUCUUCCUAAAUCUGACGAAAGAAACAUUUUAAUUACUUCAGCCUUACCAUAUGUUAACAAUGUUCCUCAUUUGGGUAACAUUGUUGGGUCGGUUUUGUCUGCUGACAUUUACAGCCGUUAUGCCAAGAAUAGAAACUACAAUACUUUAUUCAUUUGUGGUACUGAUGAAUACGGUACUGCCACAGAGACCAAGGCUUUGGAAGAAAAUGUCACCCCACAACAAUUAUGUGACAAAUACCAUGCUAUUCAUAAAGAAGUCUAUGAUUGGUUUGAUAUUGGAUUUGACUAUUUCGGGAGAACCACAACCCCUUUGCAAACUGAAAUUGCUCAAGAUAUAUUUAUGAAAUUGCACAAUAAAGGAUACUUGGAAGAAAAAACUACAGAACAAUUAUAUUGUGAACACCAUAAAUCUUUCCUUGCUGACAGAUUUGUUGAAGGUACUUGUCCAAAAUGUGAUUAUGAAGAUGCCAGAGGAGACCAAUGUGACAAAUGUGGUAACUUAUUGGAUCCAUUGGAAUUGAUUAAUCCCCGUUGUAAAGUUGAUGGCAAUACCCCUGUUGUUAAAGAAUCAACCCAUAUUUACCUUAAGUUGAAUGACUUGGAAGAACCAUUGAAGGAAUGGGUUCUUGAUUCUUCAGCAAAGGGUGCUUGGUCCAAAAAUUCUAAGAAUAUUACAGACUCUUGGAUUAAAAGAGGUUUAGAACCAAGAUGUAUUACCAGAGAUUUAAUCUGGGGUACACCAGUUCCAUUGAAGGGAUACGACAAGAAAGUUUUAUACGUGUGGUUUGAUGCCACAAUUGGUUAUGUUUCCAUAACUGCUAAUUAUUUCAAAGAUUCAAACACCGAUGAUUAUCUCAAAUGGUGGAGAAACCCAGAGAACGUUGAUUUGUAUCAGUUUAUGGGUAAAGAUAAUGUUCCAUUCCAUACUGUUGUUUUCCCAGCCUCUCAAAUUGGUACUGGUGACAAGUGGACCAAGUUACACCAUUUGAGUACUACCGAAUAUUUGCAAUAUGAAAACGGCAAAUUCUCCAAGAGUAGAGGUGUUGGAGUGUUUGGUAACAAUGCCAAGGAAACUGGAGUCUCACCUUCUGUUUGGAGAUAUUACUUGGCCUCAAAUAGACCAGAAACUCAAGAUGCUCAUUUCUCCUGGGAUGAAUUUGUUGCUAAAAACAAUUCUGAAUUAUUGGCCAAUUUGGGUAACUUUGUUAAUAGAAUUGUUAAGUUUGUUAUUGCCAAAUAUAAUGGAGUUAUUCCAAAAUUCGAUACUAAGAACAUACCAGAUUACGGCAAGUUUGAAACUGAUAUUAAUUCUUUGUUGGCCAGUUACAUUGACAACAUGGAAAAUGUGAAUUUGAGAAAAGGUUUAGAACUUGCCAUGGCUAUAUCAUCCAGAGGGAACCAAUUUUUGCAAGACAACAAGUUGGAUAAUUCGUUGUAUGCCAACCAACCUGCCAAAUCAGAUGCAGUUGUUGCUGUUGCAAUUAAUUUGGUUUAUUUAGUUAGUGCUAUUAUUUACCCUUUUAUGCCAGAAACAACAGCUAAAAUUGAUCAAAUUUUGAAUGCUCCUGCCUUAUCAAUUACAAAUAAAUUUGAAUUGGUGUUGUUACCAGGUCACUGUAUUGGUAAAGCACAAUAUUUGUUCACAAGAAUUGAUGACAAGAAGAUUGAUGAAUGGAGAAAAUUGUAUGGUGGACAACAAAAGAAGUAA